GGAGAGUUUAUUAGUACAGUAAGUGUAUUCUGUAGUCGUGAUGAAAUGUAAAUUAAACAAAAAAGUAGCAAAUCUGUAAUUUGAUAUCCGUGAAGUUUUGACUUUAUAUAAAAUUAAAAAAAAGUGAGAGCUUGCAAAAAAAUCAUUCGGUCGUCAGAAAGAAAAUCACCUUUCCGAUCGAUCUGCCGUUUAAUUCGAGCAUGGAUCGAAAUUUCGAAGGAGAUUCCCGUAUAGUGUCAGGAUGGGAGGCGGAACCUGGUCAGCUCCCUUUCCAGCUGUCGAUAAGAAAUGUAAACUCUAAUGGUGGAGUAUCAGCUUGUGGUGGGAGCAUCAUUCAUCGUGAAUGGGGCCUUACUGCCGCCCACUGCACCGCUUUGCGUGUAAGUAUAGUGGUCCGAGCUGGCACCGUCAACCUGACGCAGCCCGUCUACAUCUUCGAGACAACGGAGUACUACAAUCAUCCCUCGUACGUUGAAUCAUUGUCCGUCGUCCAGCCCAAUGAUAUUGGAGUCAUUAAGUUUGGCAGGGCACUAAUUUUUAAUGAUUAUGUGCAGCCGAUCCGUCUCCAGAACUCCGCUUCGCAGAAUCGGGAUUACAGCGGCACCAGGCUCACUGCCAGCGGUUGGGGUCGUACCUGGACUGGAGGUGCUGCCCCGGAGAAUUUGAACUGGGUAUUCCUGAGUGGUACAUCCAACUUGCAUUGUCUGAUUGCAUUCGGGGGGAGCAGCAUCAUCGUGGAGUCUACAAUCUGCGCAAGCGCAUACAAUGUCAGCUCUCAGUCCGUCUGUCAGGGUGACAGCGGCGGUCCGCUGACAGUUGUCGACGAUGACGGUCAGCUCAGCGAGGUGGGGGUGGCGUCAUUCGUGUCAAGUGCCGGUUGCCACACUGAUCAUCCAGCUGGCUUUAUACGGCCCGGCCAUUACCACAGCUGGUAUUAUGAAGUGACUGGCAUUAACUUCGACUGGGAGCUAGUGGAAACUACGACCUCUACACCAGAGCCGGAGAUAGUAGAAACUACGACCCCAGGGCCUGCAACUGAAGACACUACCACUGAAUCGACCACGACCGAAACAAUUAGCGAGGAGGACGAGUCCAGCUCUAGUUCAGACAGCGACUCGAUUGAUGAAAGUAAUGACUCUGACGAUGUGAACAGCAGUGACUUUAGUGACUUAGAAAAAAUUAAUGUUAUCAGCAAAAAAGAACUUAGAUAUUUAACAAUGUAAUAUAGAAGAUCGCUGUGAUUUUUAUAUUUACAUACAUAUAUACAUGUUUUUU